UCCAAAACUGGUCAGAACCAAGGAAUCCGUCCGAAGUUCGUAGUUUCCUCGGCCUUGCAGGUUAUUAUUGCAGAUUUAUUGAGAGGUUCUCGAAGAUUGCCCUCCCUUUGUCCCAGUUGACGAGGAAGUCUGUGAAGUUCGAAUGGACAGACCGUUGUGAGUCGAGCUUUCAGGAGCUGAAAGAAAGGCUUACGACGGCACCGGUGUUGACUAUUCUGGAUCCUUCUCGGAGUUUCACCAUCUAUAGUGAUGCUUCGAGACAGGGUUUGGUGUGCGUACAUAUGCAGGAUGGCCGGGUUUUAGCGUACGCUUCACGUCAGUUGAAGCCCCAUGAGCAAAACUAUCCUACGCACGACUUGGAGUUAGCUGCAAUGGUACAUGCACUUAAGAUAUGGCGACAUUAUCUUUAUGGCGGUCGGUGCGAGAUUUAUACCGAUCACAAGAGUCUGCAGUAUAUUUUCACACAGAAGGAGCUCAACAUGUGUCAGCGACAUUGGUUAGAGCUCGUUAAAGACUAUGACUGCACGAUUCAGUAUCAUCUGGGGAAUUCGAAUGUUGUAGCUGAUGCCCUGAGCCGAAAGGUAAAGGGUGAAUUAUCAUGUUCUAUUACUCAGCAGCGCCAUCUUGUUCAAGAUUGCCCGAAUGCAGAUUCAGGUCGUCAAGUCACUUCCUGCGGAGAUCACGGGGAGUGUCAGCUCGAUGCAGAUUCAGCCCAUGUUGAGAGAUCAAAUCUGGCGGGA